GCUGGCCGAGACACCCCAGGCCAUGGCAGAGCUUUGAGCCAGGCCUGGUCAGUGGGAGGGGCUGUCACCCACUGGCCCUGCGGACCCAGCUCCACCAUGCUGAGCCUGAAGCUCCCCAGGCUGCAGAGCAUAGAGCAGAUGCCCGAGGUGUUCCGUGAGCAGGGCAUCCUCUUUGGCUACCGACAUCCACAGAGUUCCGCCACUGCCUGUAUCCUCAGCCUUUUCCAAAUGACCAAUGAGACCAUCAACAUCUGGACUCACUUGCUGCCCUUCUGGUUCUUUGUGUGGAGGUUUGUGACUGCACUGUAUGUGACAGACAUCCAGAAUGACAGCUACUCCUGGCCCGUGCUUGUGUACAUGUGCACCAGCUGCGUGUACCCCCUCGUGUCCAGCUGUGCACACACCUUCAGCUCUAUGUCCAAGAAUGCCCGGCACAUCUGCUACUUCCUGGACUAUGGCGCCGUCAACCUCUUCAGCCUGGGCUCGGCCAUCGCCUACUCCGCGUACACGUUCCCGGACGCGCUGGUGUGCACCACCUUCCACGACUACUACGUGGCCCUGGCCGUGCUGAACACCAUCCUCAGCACAGGCCUGUCCUGCUACUCCAGGUUCCUUGAAAUCCAGAGGCCCAGGCUUUGUAAGCUGCUCCGCAUCCUCGCCUUUGCUUAUCCCUACACCUGGGACUCCCUCCCCAUCUUCUACAGGCUAUUCCUGUUCCCAGGGGAGAGUGCACGAAACGAAGCCAUCUUAUACCACCAGAAGCACAUGGUCAUGACCCUCCUGGCCACUUUCUUGUACUCUGCACACCUGCCGGAGCGCCUAGCCCCUGGACGCUUUGACUACAUUGGUCACAGUCACCAGCUGUUCCAUGUGUGUGUGAUCCUGGCCACGCACAUGCAGAUGGAAGCCAUACUUCUGGACAAGACUCUGCGGAAGGAGUGGCUCCUGGCCACCUCCAGGCCCCUCUCGUUCCCUCAGAUAGCCGGAGCCAUAUUUCUGUGCAUCAUCUUCAGCCUCAGCAACAUAAUUUAUUUCUCAGCUGCUCUGUAUCGGAUUCCCGAGCCAGAAUUACAUAAAAAAGAAACAUGAUUGAGAUCAUAAGCUUUUCAUGCCAGAUGUCAACAUUAAGCUGCAACACCCUAGCCACCAGAAGCCAGUGGCAUGGUCCUGGCUUACGAUGGCCUAAAAUACUCAUAAUGAUUGGUGUCUUGGCAUUUUUGAAUGAGUUCAUGCCAAAAAGGUAUUUAACUGGGGAAAUGUCUCUAAAUGUGCACUGAUUCUGUGUGUGUGAUUUUGAAAGGGGAACGGGGGUUCAAGCAAGUCCUUGUUAAGGCAAAUUAUUGAUAUUUCGUCAAGUUUUAGAUUUAUUUAAAACAGGGUUUUAAAUUCUAUUUAAACAGUUAGAUUAAGCACAUUGCCCUUGUAGCUUUGUGUUCCUCUUUAAAAAUGGAUCUUGCUUCAUUUGGUGAAUUUCACAUAGCAAAGCUUCUCCCGAGAGCUCCUGUAGUGGCCUGUCAGCUACUCUGAGAGAGUGAAUGGGGAAGGACACUGGGAGGACCUGAGAAAGAGGAAGGUGGUCACUGGGAGCCCUGGGGACUGGGAAAGCAUUCCAGAAUGAGGGCAUGGGUUUGAGGAGGGAUCUUCGUCCAGAAUUGACUUGUGGGGAAAGGGGACCCUCCGCUCCCUCGCUCUGUUCCCCCACGUCCAUACUGCCUUCAAAGUGCAAAUUCUCAUGUCAUUAUGGAUUUGGAGUUUGUAAGUUUUUUUCUUCGAAGUCCACAGC